AUGGCGUUUGCAGUUAUACCAACAAACGCAAACGCGUUUCUUGUAACGCUACUUGUACUAUCUCUCUCUUCUUCAAUUCCAUUGUCUUCUGCCUCAAUCCAACAAGACUUCGUGAUGUGUCUCGUAGACAACUCCGACGCUUCUUUCCCUAUGCAGACUUCGUUCUUCACUCACGACCUAAACGCUUCUUCAUUUAAACUCGCGUUAGAGACGUCUGCUCAGAAUCUCCGUUACUUGUUGCCGUCAAAUCCCAAGCCGGAGUUUAUAUUCGAGCCGCUUUACGAAACGCACGUUCAAGCCGCAGUUGUUUGCGCCAAGAAGCUGAGUCUUCAUUUGCGUUUGAGAAGUGGCGGUCACGACUACGAAGGACUCUCUUACGUCUCGGAGUUGGAAUCGGCGUUUGUGAUCGUCGAUUUGUCGAAGCUUAGAAACAUUGACGUCGAUGUGGAAAGUAACAGCGCGUGGGUUCACGCAGGUGCUUCUAUUGGAGAGGUUUAUUACAGAAUCCAAGAGAAAAGCAAAAUCCACGGUUUUCCAGCCGGUUUAUGCACAAGCCUAGGAAUCGGCGGACACAUAAUCGGUGGAGCUUACGGUUCGAUGAUGCGUAAGUUCGGUCUCGGAGCCGACAACGUUCUCGACGCCAGAAUCGUUGACGCCGACGGUAAAAUCUUGAACCGUGCGGCGAUGGGAGAAGACGUUUUCUGGGCUCUUCGUGGUAGUGGUGGAGGAAGCUUCGGAGUUAUCCUCGCCUGGAAAAUCAAGCUUGUUCCGGUGCCGGAGACCGUGACGGUGUUCACUGUUACUAGGACGUUAGAGCAAGACGGGACUAAGCUUUUGUAUAAAUGGCAACAAGUCGCUGAUAAACUCGACGAAGAUUUAUUUAUUCGAGUGAUUAUUUCGCCAGCGAAAACAUCUACGAGCAAAGAGAGAACUAUCUCGACUUCGUACCAAGGUCAAUUUCUUGGUGACGCUAAUCGGCUUUUGCAGGUGAUGCAGAGGAGUUUCCCAGAGCUAGGAUUAACGAAGAAAGAUUGUUUAGAGACAAGCUGGAUUAAAUCGGUAAUGUACAUUGCGGGUUUUCCAAGCACUGCGCCACCGGAAGCAUUACUCGCCGGGAAAUCGUUGUUCAAGAAUUACUUCAAAGCCAAGUCAGACUAUGUGGAAGAGCCAAUUCCAAUAGAAGGAUUAGAAGGUUUAUGGGAAAAGUUUCUACAAGAGGACUCACCAUUGACAAUAUGGAAUCCUUAUGGAGGAAUGAUGGCGAAAAUCCCCGAGACAGAGAUACCUUUCCCACAUAGGAGUGGGACAUUGUUCAAGAUCCAAUGGUUAACUUUGUGGCAAGACGGGAAAGCGAGCGAGGCGAAACAUAUGGAGUGGAUGAGGGAAAUGUAUACUUACAUGGAGCAGUAUGUAUCGAAAAGUCCGAGAUCCGCGUAUGUGAACUAUAGAGAUCUUGAUUUGGGGAUGAAUGGUAAAGGGAAUGAUGCAAGAGAAUGGGGGAAUAAGUACUUCAAGGGAAAUUUUGAGAGGUUGGUGAAGAUUAAAGCUAAGUUUGAUCCAGAGAAUUUCUUUAGACAUGAACAAAGUAUUCCUACAGAACUUGAGUGA